CUGAGGCGAUGGACAUUAGAACAAGAUAAGGGCUACUCAAUGCAAUGGCUGGAAAAGUGGGGAAAAGAAUGGAUGCUCUUUUGAUUCCUCUCGAGUUAUUAUCAUGUGUUUCUCGAACCGAAUUUUCUGACAAAAAAGCUUACAUAAGAUGGCAAAAGAGACAAUUGAAUAUGUUGGAGGAAGGACUUGUGAAUCACCCAGUUGUGGGAUUUGGAGAAUCUCGUCGCAAAGCAAGUGAAAUGAGGAUUCUAUUGGCAAGAAUUGAAGAAUCUGAGUCAUUUGCACCUUCUGUGGGUGAACUUCAAUGCAUAGAAUGUUUGAGAUCUCUAAGGGAGAUUGCCAUUGCACUUGCAGAGAGGCCAGCUCGUGGUGACUUAACUGGUGAAGUAUGUCAUUGGGCAGAUGGGUAUCAUUUGAAUGUCAGAUUAUAUGAGAAACUUCUUUCCAGCAUUUUUGAUGUUCUAGAUGAGGGGAAACUAACUGAGGAAGUGGAAGAAAUACUUGAACUUCUAAAGUCAACGCGGCGUAUCUUGGGAAUAACAGAGACUAUUCAUCACACCUGUUAUGCAUGGGCGCUAUUCCGCCAGUUUGUGAAAGCAAAAUUGCUGAGAACAACUUGGUUGGGAAUAUUUUACAUGUGCAUACCUACAGGAAUUGCCCUUGGUUAUGUUUAUGGUGGAUGGGUAAAUUUGGCAAGAGAACAGGUUCUAUUGAAGAAAAAAGAACCCUUUAGAGUAGCACUUGUUGAUUUGAAGCUUGUGGAUCAAGAAUCUAUUCACCUUAAUCAUCCUCUUGGAGGAGAGUAUGCAGGGAGUAUAAAUGAGUAUGCCCAACGUACUUUUUCAACCCCGUUUUCCCCUUGCUUUUAG